CAUGCGCCCUUCGUUCACUUCCUGUUUGUGGACAGCUGCUGCACGGUGUCGUCUUAAAACUCACCUGAGCAGCUGUGUUUCCUUCAUUACUUUGGGUUUUAUUUAUCCCCUCGUCACUCCGGAUCUCUGCGGGUUUCCUCGGGUGUCUCCGGGUGUCUCCAUGCGCGCUCCCGGGUGUGUGGCUCUGGUGGUCUGGCUGCUGAACGAUGCGGCGGCUCGUCAGUUCACGGAGGAGGAGAUGUCCGGGAUCAGGCAGCGCAUCAAGUCCAUGUUCUACCAUGCCUACAACAGUUACCUCGACAACGCCUUCCCCUACGACGAGCUCCGCCCACUCACCUGUGACGGUCAGGACACCUGGGGCAGUUUCUCUCUCACUCUGAUCGAUGCUCUCGACACUUUAAUGGUUUUGGGAAACCAGACUGAGUUCCAGCGCGUGGCGUCGCUGCUCCAAGACACCGUGGACUUCGACAUUGACGUCAACGCAUCUGUGUUCGAAACCAACAUCAGAGUGGUGGGCGGUCUGCUGUCGGCUCACCUGUUGGCAGGGAGAGCAGGGAUGGAGCUGGAGCCCGGUUGGCCCUGUUCAGGGCCGCUGCUGAGAAUGGCCGAGGACGCCGCCAGGAAACUGCUGCCUGCAUUUCAGACUCCCACCGGCAUGCCGUACGGCACCGUGAACCUGCUGCACGGUGUCAGUCCCACAGAGACGCCCGUCACCUGCACAGCCGGCGUGGGAACCUACAUCCUGGAGUUUGCGACGCUGAGUCGACUGACUGGAGACCCGACGUUUGAGAACUUGGCCCGCCAGGCUCUGAGGGCCCUGUGGAAGACCAGAUCCGACAUCGGACUGGUGGGGAACCACAUUGACAUUGUGUCAAAGAAAUGGGUGGCUCAGGACGCCGGCAUCGGGGCAGGGGUGGACUCUUACUUUGAGUAUCUGGUGAAAGGAGCCAUCAUGCUGCAGGACGAGGAGCUGCUACACAUGUUCCUGGAGUACGACCGGGCCAUUCAGAACUACACUCGGUUCGACGACUGGUACUUGUGGGUGCAGAUGCACAAAGGAACCGUCUCCAUGCCUGUUUUCCAGUCUCUGGAGGCCUUCUGGCCCGGCCUGCAGUCUUUGCUGGGGAACCUGGACAGCGCCGUAAGAACGUUCCAGAACUAUUACUCGGUGUGGAGACAGUUCGGAGGUCUGCCCGAGUUUUACAGCAUCCCGCAGGGUUACACCGUGGACAAGAGAGAGGGAUACCCACUCAGACCAGAGUUGAUAGAGAGCGCCAUGUACCUGUUCAGAGCCACAGGUGACCACACCUACCUGCAGCUGGGCCUCGAUGCUCUGGAGUCCAUAGAGAAGAUCACCAAGACGCCCUGUGGCUAUGCUAGUGUUAAGGAUCUGCGAGAUCAUCAGCUGGACAACAGGAUGGAGUCCUUCUUCCUCGCUGAGACCAUCAAGUACCUUUACCUGCUCUUUGACCCCAACCACUUCCUGCAUGGCGGGGGGACGGAGGGGGAUGGGUCUUGGGAGGAGGGUGGCGAGGGGGGCGGGUGCGUUUUAGGCGCCGGGGGGUACAUUUUCAACACGGAGGCUCACCCCCUCGACCCGGCGGCGCUCUACUGCUGCAGCCGCCACGCUCAGGAGCGGCGGGAGCUCCAAGACAUCCUGCUCAGCCUGUCGCACCCCGGCCGCCAAUCAAAACCGCCCGCCAAAGAGACAAAAGACCCUCCCCCUGGCCAAUCAGAAAGCAUUGCUCUGAAACCAGGCGAGAAGAAGACAGCCCCCCUGCUGUCCUGUCCCGUUCAACCAUUCAGCGCUCGACUCUCCAUCCUUGGACAAGUCUUCAGUGAUAACACCUGAUCCUCGCCGUCCUGGCUCAUAUGUUGAAUAAAACAUUUGAUAUCUGAGCCAGAUGCAGACACUGAGCUGAUCAUUUUCAAGGAAGUCGGACAAACGGGGAUAUUUUUGCAUCAGCCACCCGAAUGUUUGGACAUAUUUCCUGAAGUUGUUUUCAUUUGAUGAAGUCGUUCAGCACCAGAGACUCGACUUGAAUUCUCUGUUGACUGUUGCUCUAAUUUAAACUGAAGGUGAAAUAUAUUUUUUAUUUAUUACAAA